CUCCUCCGGUCGGUCGGUCAUACUGGUCUCUCGUGUCUCCGGUAUAAACUCUCUCUGACGGCUGAGCAGCGCGGUCUGGUCCCGGGACAACAUGGCGUCAGGUGUGACAGUGAACGAUGAGGUCAUCAGGGUGUUCAACGACAUGAAGGUGAGGAAGUCUUCGACCCAGGACGAGGUGAAGAAGAGGAAGAAGGCCGUGCUGUUCUGCCUCAGCGAGGACAAGAAGAAGAUCAUCGUGGAGGAGGGGAAGCAGAUCCUAGUGGGAGACAUCGGCGAGACGGUGGAAGACCCCUACGCCUGCUUCGUUAAGCUCCUCCCCCCCAACGACUGCCGAUACGGUCUGUACGACGCCACCUACGAGACCAAGGAGUCCAAGAAGGAGGACCUGGUCUUCAUCUUCUGGGCUCCAGACAACGCUCCGCUGAAGAGCAAGAUGAUCUACGCCAGCUCUAAAGAUGCCAUCAAGAAGAAGUUUACAGGUAUCAAACACGAGUGGCAGGUGAACGGGCUGGACGACAUCCAGGACCGCGCCACGCUGGCGGAGAAGCUGGGUGGGAACGUGGUGGUGUCUCUGGAGGGCAAGCCGCUGUGAUGUCACGGCAGCGAGCAGAGCGGAGCCAAGCCAACCGCUGUGCCAUCCGGACUGAAGCCCCGCCCCCACCCGAACACCGCCGCUUCACGCAGCAGCUCGCUCUGUCCGCAUGGUGUCCUGAAGGAGUUAGCUCUUUAGGCCUCUUUGUUUUCUUCUUGUUUUUGUUCGUAUUGCUUUUUUCCAACAUGAAGGAGAUCUCAUUAACAUAAUGAUAUGCAAGCCCCUCCCAGUUUGUUGCCACAUGACUUCUGUCAGCUGGCAGACACAGAAAUGACUCACUACCAAACCCCAGGACGGUCGUCUCUCGCUCUCAGAGUUUUGCCAAAAAGUCCAUGUGAAGGAAGCAGCCACAUGUGUCGGAGGCGAGCGCCGCGCCGCAAAGCUCCGCCUCCUGCAGCACACGGGUCAUGACGCUUUUGACAUAUGACUUUAUUUAUUAUUGUAAAGUGUUGUUUCCUCUCCAGUAUGUUCACACUCGUUACUAUGCAUUCAGGAGAAGAGGAGGGGGAUUAGAACCCAGCACUUUCUGUUGACACACUACAGCUUCUCGUCACCGUGGUAACGCCUGUUUACCUCGUCACCGUUGGACCCGCCCUCAUUCUAGCUGUUUGGUCGUCGCCUUACUUUCAGUUUGAAUGUAAACGUCACACCAGUGAGUUAGAGUGCACUUUUAUUUUGUAAAGAAACACUACAGGAAGCAGAUUUGACCCCAGCAGUGAGAGACAACAACAACACGACGACAUCUGGAGCCUUAAAGUGGAACGUUGUUUCUGAGAUCACAUGAAGCCACUUUGCAAUAAAAGCCUGUGGCAGA